AGCCAGUUUGGCUCAAGCCAAGUUGGUUCAGGUGGAGGUGGCUCAGGCUAUCUGGGGGAGGCUUUCCCACCAGCUCCAAGCCAGCCUGAUCGGGAGCGAUUUGCUCACAUCGCACUUCUGGAAGUCUCUUGACUAUGCUGUAUGGAGGAAGUCUCGCUUGCUCUUUCUUGAUCCAUGGUGCUUUGCGCAGAAGUUUCCGGUAUGUUUCUGAUAUCAGAGGACUGGUCAGUUCUCACGGCAGGGUGUGCUCUCGACGAGGGGCCGUCCAUUGGGGUAGUUCAACUGCAGCAGGAUAUCGCACUACUUCAAUCGGAGGCAGGUGCGUGGGUGUCCAUAGGCUUGUUGCAAGAGCUUUUUUGGGGCCGCCCCCCUUCCAAGGGGCCUUGGUCAACCACGUCGAUUCCGAUCGUUCCAACAAUCAUGUAAACAAUUUGGAAUACGUCACGAUCAGUGAGAAUAACCAACAUUCUUGGAAUUGCAACGCUCAUCGAAGCAGAGAAAAUAUCAGUUUAUCAAAGGCAGUUCGCGGCCGAAAGCUUGGUAGUGCAGAGUGGGCAAUGUUCCCAUCGUUGAAUGAAGCGGCGAGGGCUUUGGGAAUCAACACUGGCUCGAUUCCGAAGUGUUGCUCUGGUGCAGCAAGUAGGGCGGGACAGUAUGAGUUCGAGUAUAUGUUUGACGCUCGAGCCGAUAGCCGCCCAAACGAGGUGUGGUCGCUGGCGUUGCACCCAGAUUCAGGAGCACAACUAGCACCAUUGCAAGUCAGCACACAUGGCCGUGUACAGUCAAGAUUUGGAAUAGUGAGUCAUGGGUGUCUUACGGCGUAUGGUUACAGAAGUGUGUCGGUCCGCAGCGAUGCGUGCGGCGACCGGAGGAAGUCCUUUUAUGUACAUCGGAUAGUGGCACGCACUUUUCAUGGGCCUUGCAUGUUGCCAGGGAAGUGGCAAGUCCAUCACAAAGAUGGCAUCCGCACAAAUAACCAUAUCGAGAAUCUAGAGUUCGUCACGUGUAGCGAGAACAUACGGCAAUCGUAUCGCAUGAACCCAGAACGCUCGAGAGUGGCAGGAUUGAAGCCAGUGUGGGCAUGCGAGCAGGGAUCCGGACAGUGGUCGUGGCACGCAUCUGUCACGGAGGCAGCGCGUCGAACUAGCACAGAUCGUGGCAGUGUCUCCGCAUGUUGCCGAGGGAAGCAGCGGCGCGCUGGACAGUACAUGUUCAAAUGGGCUGACGCAGUGGAGCCGCCACUGCUCCCUGGCGAGGAGUGGAGGGAGAUCCAUAGCGCUACUUAGAUUGUUGCCAGUAUAUACGGGCAUGCUGCUGUGACACUGCACCUGGGUGGCCGUUUCCAGCCUGGGUUUAAUUUUUAAAACAAGUUCUGGGCUGGUGAGUUGAAUGUUUGAAGUGAAGUGUUAUGAUCCUUUCUAUCUUGUCCCUCAAGUGGCUGCCAGGCCAGGCGUGCAGGCCC